AUGAAGGUCAUGGGAAAAGCCCAUGAAGGAAUCUGUGGAGCACAUCAAGGUGGAAGAAAAAUGUGUUGGUUGAUUAGAAGACAUGGUCCAAUCCAGCAGGCUCCCUCAGUUCCCAUGAAUCUAGUUGUCAAGCCAUGGCCAUUCAGAAGAUGGGCAAUGGACCUCAUUGGCAAAAUCUAUCCAGCCAGUACCAAGCAACACUAUUUUAUCAUAAUGGCUACUGAUUAUUUCACCAAAUGGGUGGAAGCUAAGCCAGUCAAAUCCACCACAUCUCAAGAGAUCAUUGCCUUCAUAGAAGAAUAG